AUAAUACGACUUUCUCCCCAAGAUUCUCUGUUCUCUCUUCCAAUCCCGGGGGAGAAAUCAAGACAGAAAUCUCUCGCUUUACAACUCCGCUCGCUCGCUCGCUCGCUCGCUCCAACUACUCCCACCCCUUCCUCUUCUCUUCCCCCUCCCUUUCUCCCUGCAAUCAGGGGAAUAAAUUAGGAAAGGAAACGCACGCACGCACGCAACAGACACACACACGCAGAGAUAGUCAGAGCUGAGAUCUGUUACAAAAGUAGCCCUGAUGGCGGCAGAUCAGAUGAAGCAGAAGCUGCCGCCGCCGCCGCCGCCGCCGCCACCAGAGUAGCAGAGUCGUUCUGGCUCUCCUCUUGAUGCCUCCCCUCUUCCCCCUCUCCACCCACAGAUCUCUAUCGCUUUCCUCCUCAUCUCCUCCCAGCCACCCUCGCUGAGCCGCUGCCUGCUUCUGUAAAGCUGCCUGUGGCUUUGGACAGAAGAGACCGAGAUAUUUCUUAUUCUCAUUUUUUUCCUGUUUUUGCCUCACCGGCUCUUUUUUUUAAAAAAAAACUUUGUCAUCAUCAUCAUCGCCGCCGCCACCACCAUUGCCAUCAUUAUUGUCAUUUUCUCCGGCACUUGUGGGCAAGGGGGCAUCGGUCUUCGAUCAGGAAGAUGGCUGCUGGCUGGUGGCUCUUCUUUAGCCUGACACUUUUCCAGUCCUUGGUGAUAAACCUCUCCGCAGAAGGGCCCUUCCCUUCUGCCACAACGAUAAAGCGGUGGGUGGAUAAGAUGCAAGAAGACCUAGUAAGGCUGGUGAAAACAGCAAGCGGGGUGGAUGAACUUGCUCAAAUAUAUCAGCAAAACACAAACUUGUAUACCGUGGAGGCCAACAAUGCACGACAGUUGGUAGAAAGUGCAGCCCGAGACAUUGAAAAACUCCUGAGUAACAGAUCAACAGCCCUGGUGCGCCUUGCUGAAGCAGCAGAGAGAUUUCAGAAAGAACAUCAAUGGCAGGAUGAGUUUGCGGCUAAUGAUAUAGUGUACUACAAUGCAAAGGAUGCCCUGAAUGAAUCUGGAAGUAACGAGAACGAAACUGGCAGUCAGCGAAUCAAACCAGUAUUUGAAGAGGAUCCUGUUUUUGGUCGGCAAACAUCCUACCAGCAUGCCGCAGUCCACAUACCAACUGAUAUAUAUGAAGGCUCUACAAUAGUAUUGAAUGAACUGAACUGGACAGGAGCCUUAGAUGAAGUCUUCAAAAGAAAUAGAGAAGAAGAUCCAACCUUGCUUUGGCAAGUUUUUGGCAGUGCAACUGGCCUUGCCAGGUAUUACCCAGCAUCCCCAUGGGUAGACAAAAGUCGAACUCAGAACAAGAUAGAUCUGUACGAUGUCCGUAGAAGACCAUGGUAUAUCCAAGGAGCUGCAUCUCCCAAAGACAUGCUCAUUCUAGUUGAUGCGAGCGGCAGUGUCAGUGGAUUGACACUGAAGUUGAUCCGAACAUCCGUCACUGAGAUGUUGGAAACCUUGUCUGACGACGAUUUUGUGAAUGUUGUUUCAUUCAAUGAAAAUGCUCAGAAUGUCAGUUGCUUCAACCAUCUUGUACAAGCUAAUGUGAGAAAUAAAAAGAAGUUGAAAGAAGCUGUCUAUAAAAUCUCAGCAAAAGGAAUCACAGAUUACAAAAAAGGCUUUAGCUACGCCUUUGAACAGCUGCUAAAUCACAGCCACAGUGUCUUCAGAGCUAACUGCAACAAGAUUAUAAUGUUGUUUACUGAUGGCGGUGAGGAAAAAGCACAGGAGAUUUUCGACAAAUACAACAAGGAUCAAAAAGUCCGUGUAUUCACAUUUUCUGUCGGUCAACAUAAUUAUGACAAGGGACCCAUACAAUGGAUGGCCUGCAAAAAUAAAGGUUACUAUUAUGAAAUUCCAUCCAUUGGUGCCAUCAGAAUAAACACACAGGAGUACUUGGAUGUUUUGGGGAGACCAAUGGUUCUGGCUGGAAAACAAGCCAAACAAGUCCAGUGGACUAAUGUUUACCUGGAUGCACUGGAACUUGGCUUGGUCAUUUCUGGAACACUGCCUGUCUUCAACUUGACAAAAGAUCAAAAUAAAAAACAGAACCAGUUGAUACUUGGAGUAAUGGGAGUUGAUGUGUCACUAGAAGAAAUUAAAAAACUGACUCCACGGUUUACACUAUGUCCAAAUGGAUAUUAUUUCGCAAUUGACCCCAAUGGUUAUGUGUUACUUCAUCCAAAUCUUCAACCAAAGCACAUUGGUGUGGGCAUACCCAAAAUUAGAAAAAGGAGACCCCAUAUCCAGAAUCCUAAAUCUCAGGAGCCAGUGACACUGGAUUUUCUGGAUGCAGAACUGGAAAAUGAUAUUAAAGUUGAGAUUCGGAAAAAAAUGAUAGAUGGAGAAAGUGGGGAUAGGACAUUUAGAACGCUGGUCAAGUCUCAAGAUGAGCGCUACAUUGAUAAAGGAAACAGAACGUAUACAUGGACAGCUGUGAAUGGUACAGAUUACAGCUUGGCCUUGGUAUUACCAUCCUACAGCUUUUACUAUAUAAAAGCCAACAUUAAGGAAGCACUAACCCAGGCAAAAUUUACUGAAACUCUGAAGCUAGAUCGCUUUGAUGAAUUCGGCUAUACCUUUUUAGCACCAAGAGAGUACUGUAGUCCUGUGAAAACAACAGACAACAACACUGCAUUUCUUCUGAGUUUCAGUGAAUAUAUUGAUCGAUACACCCCCCAAAAUCCUUCAUGUAAUGAUAUGGUUAUGAGAGCUUUGCUGGAUGCCGGAUUUACAAGUCAACUUGUUCAGAAUUACUGGAGUAAGCAGGACCCUGAGGGAAUUACAGCACGAUUUGUAGCUACUGAUGGAGGGAUCACAAGAGUGUAUCCAAAAAGUGCAGGAGAAUAUUGGACAGAAAAUCCUGAAACAUAUGAAGAGAGUUUCUACAAAAGGAGUUUAGAUAAUGAAAACUAUAUCUUCACAGCUCCCUCAUACAACAAAAGUAUAUCUGAAGAUGGCAUUAUGGUCAGUAAGGCUGUGAAAAUAACAGUUGGUGGAAAACUUCUGAAACCUGCAGUUGUUGGAGUAAAAAUCAAUGUGACCACCUGGAUGGAUAAUUUCAUCAAAAUCACUACAAAGAAUCAGUGCAAAAGCGAACUGUGCGGAUGUGAAAGGAACAGUCGGCAUGUUGACUGUGUUAUUCUUGACGAUGGAGGAUUUCUUUUAAUGACAAAUCAGGAAUGGGAUAUGCAAGAGAUUGGAAAAUUCUUUGGUGAGAUUGACCCAGGCCUCAUGAGAAAUCUCAUCAAUAUGUCCUUAUAUGCCUUUAACAAGUCAUACGACUAUCAGUCUGUGUGUGAUCCAGAAGAAGAACCAAAGCAAGGAGCCGGACUCUGCUCUGUUUAUGUGCCUACAAUAGCAGAUAUUUUACAUCUGGGGUGGUGGGCCUCUGCAGCUGCUUGGUCUAUCUUGCAGCAGCUCUUGUUGGGCCUGACAUUUCCACAUUUUCUUGGUGCAGUGGAAAUGGAAGAUGAAGACUUCAGUGCAAUCCCAUCAAAACAGAGCUGCAUUACAGUACAAACACAGUAUUUCUUUGGGAAUGAUGAAAAAUCAUUUUAUGGCAUUUUAGAUUGUAUAAACUGUUCUAGACUUUUUCAUGCAGAGAAGAUUUCCAAUACAAAUUUAGUAUUCAUAAUGAGUGACACCAAACAUAUGUGCCGACACUGUGAUACAAGGCCACUGAUGCAAGCAGAGAAGCCUGAUGAAGGACCUAACCCCUGCGAAAUGGUUCAACAACCCAGAUACAGAAAAGGACCUGAUGUCUGCUUUGAUGACGAUGUUGAUGAGGAUGCAUCAGACUGUGGUGGGGUCUCUGGAUUGAGCCCAUCACUAUGGUCUAUGGCAGGAAUCCAGCUUAUCCUGCUCUGGCUGUUAACUGGCAGCAGACAUUGCCAGUUAUGACCCUGUUAAAACCAAAACCUGCAUAACAAAAUCAUGAUCCUGCCAAAAUGUUAGCUCACCAUUUCAUUUGGAAAAGGAGGGUCAGUGAGUCUGCGCAGACUGCAGAUGAUGGCAAUGCCCAUUACUUGGUAUUUUCUUUGGGAAAGACUCUGAAGGCACCCUCCGUGGCUGCAUGUUGGAGUGUCAGAUCUGUAAACGUGUGGAUGCUGCAUCAUCUAGGCCAUUGGAACUGAAUUCUAUAUGUGCUUAAAUUGGAGAAUUGCAGUUUUUGUGCUUUUGAAGACUUUUCUGUAAAAAGGGCUCCCCUUUAAACAGUUAUUACAUAUUUCUGUUAUUUUACCUUAGUUUUCAAUUUGUUGCAUUCUUUAUUCUUAAAACUAAUGCUUUCUAAGGGGGAGAGGGAAACCCUAUGAUUUCGUAGCACUCUUAUUUAGUGUACUGAUGAUUUUAUGUCACCUUUCAAUAUCACUUCUGUCCAGAAUGCAAAAUAGACUUCAGUUUGAUCCAGAAUUGUUUCAUACUGGCUAGACCUUAUAGAGAUUCACCAUGACUUAAAAUAUUUGCCUUAUGAUCUUUGUUCCAGCCAAUAUUAGUCUAAAUGGAUGGUCAUCUAAGCUUGACAAGGUUCAUGAAAUGAAUACAGUUUUUAAAGGCAAAAAUGAAACAUGAUGUCUAAAUUGAAGGGUUCUUUAGAAUUUCAUCCUUCAGCAGAAAAAGUGGCUUUCAUCCCAAAGUCUGUAUCCAUUCCCUAUUGCACAGUUGUUAAUGUCAUGAUUUCUGUUCUCAGAACAAUUGUUUAUUGCUAGCCAAGUCCUCCAAAAAGUUCAGACACAAAGUUUGUGAAUAAAAAUGUCUUUGUGACUACUGAAGAUUAAUUUCCAAGGGUUUGCAUGAUGAUGAAGCUUCUGCUUUUGCUGUUUCUUUUAGUUUGUUUUUCUCUUUCUCUUGAUGGUUUAUUGAAAAGAUAACCGAGUGAUUCUUUAGUUGUGUGAGAAACCAAAUAUUGCAAUGUGAUACAAUUUAAUCUUAAGUUAUAUAUUAUUAAACAGAUAUCUGAAUAUACUGUGCAAUGUACUAGCUGAAAGGGGGUAUGGAACAUUUACCUAUCUGUGCAAAUGGGAGAAAAUGGAUUCUAUAUAGAUGAAAAGGUAAAGGUGUCCCUGCGCUUAUAGUGCGAGUCAUUUCCGACUCUUAGGGUGACGUCUUGUGACGUUUACUAGGCAGACCGUAUAUAUGGGGUGGUUUUGUCAGUUCCUUCCCCGGCCUUUCUUUACCCCCCAGCAUAUGCCGGGUACUCAUUUUACCGACAACAGAUGGAUGGAAGGCUGAGUGGACCUUGACCCCUUUUACCGGAGAUUCGACUUCCUCCUUCUGUUGGAAUCGAACUCCGGCCGUGAGCAGAGCUUCAGCUGCGUUACCGCCACUUACCACUCUGCCCCUAAAAUACUAUCUCCAGGUAUUUUAAGUAAAUGAAAUCAAAUCACAGGCAUUUAUUUUUUAAGAACAUGUAUGAUUAGAUUUUUAUCUGGUGGCAUUUUUAUUUGUUUGUUUCCAUUACUAUUGGUACCUAUAAAGCAUUCACCCUUUUUAUUAUUUAAUAGUCAAAAUACCAAACUGGAUGUGCUGAAUUUUGCUAAAACAAUAGCAAAACCUGAACAAAUGGGGAGCCUUGAAUCUAUAUGUAUGUACAAUACUUGAUUGUCAAUAAAAAAAGGCUUUAUACAAAUCUGGUGAUGAAUCAGAUUAGUGAAGUAAAAUUAUGUUACAGUAUAGAAUAUUGUAGAAAUAGGAUAGAAUCUUUCCUCCCAUCCUAUAUUUUUCAGAACUAACCAGUAUUGCAAGACAGCUAAACCAAUGAAUGUGCAACUUUGCUAAUAUUGUACAAUCCGGCUAACAGCUGCAAUAUGUGAUUAACUUAUUUUGUAUAAGAAACCCCCCUUUUUUUAAAAAAAAAAACCCACAAGAUGCUAAUAUCAAUGUGCUGGUAAAUGACUGCCACAUCUAACGUUCAAACGUCUUUGUUCAAACCUUUAUGAAUCGAUUCAUAUUUGUACAUGGAUUUAAAGUUUACAUUUCUGGUUUUAGUCACAUCCAGCAGUAACUUGUUUUCUUAAGUACCCUUGCUUCUAGCUUUACUGUUAAAAUCAGAGAUGGUAGAAGAGCAACUCCUUGAGCAUGGUUCCUUCACUAUUUGUGUGUAAAGUCAUGUGGUUGUAAAUUAGAGAACAGCUGUAAGUGAUUUGUAGGAAACAGUUGCUUAAUCCCAAGGAAAGACAAACAUGGUGGAAGGAAAAUAACUCACAAGCAUCUCAUUCUGCUGCAGCAGCAGCAGCUUUGUUGCCUUUACCCCAAUUAGAGCCAAGGACCAGUAUUUCCCCUUUCUCAAUUAGUAUUCUUAUGACAGCAGCAACAAGGCAGCAAAGUAUGCUUGGCAAGUAUUCAUUUGUGUCUUCAUUCCAAUCACUAAAAAUACUGGUGGCAGUCUUCUCUCACGGUAAAUAGAGCAGACGUUCACUUUUAUCUAACGUGUCAGGAGUAAGUUUGCAGCACGGUUACAGUGAACUGUGCUUUAUCUUGUCAGGAACUGAUUGUGCCUUGGAAGGUUCUAGCUAAAACCAAGAGUAGUGGGGAGGGCAGUAUCUCAAGAAUUAGAUCUGGCCAUUAGUCCACCUGGUUCAGCAUUCUGCCUAACAAUGGCUGGCCACGGGUAUUUAAGGGAAUUUGUCCCGGGCGUGAUGGAUACAACAAUCCCACUUUGUAAUCCCCAAGAUCUUAACAGUGAAAACAAUCUCCCUUACUCUGUCUAACAUCAGAAAGUCCCCUCAAAGGGGUCACACAGCAAACUUUGUGCUGUUUAGAUACAAUCUCUUUGGGUGACUAUUGGGGCUGAGCCAAGUGGGAGAGGAUACUUUCUGUGUGAAGACUUUGUUGAUGUUUUGGAUGAGAGGUUGCAAACAGGAACCAGACUGUUUGUCCACUCAAAGUAAGGGCAGUAAACUUUACACUUGCUCUUAAUGAUGUUGUCUGAUUGUUUAUGUCAUUUUUGUGUUGAUAUGCUGACUUUGAGGUGCCUUAUUGGCUGGAAUAACAUCACCAUGAAGAAGCCCUUUAAAAUGGUGUAGAAUUAGCCACUAACUGGGCAGCAAACAUUUGUCAAAAAGGGCAAAAGAAAGUACAGCCCUCAAAUACAGUGGUUGAGGGCAUUUCAUACCACCUCAUAAGCUCUACUUUCACACACAAAAUGUUUACAUAGGAACAUUAGAUGCAGCCCUAGUGAAUAUAGAUGGUCAUUUAUCAAGAGCUAAGUUAUGGUAUUAUCAUAACCACUAGGUAAGCCAAUUAUAUAUAUAAGUCUGCUAAGUAUUGAGAAGAAUUUUAACAGAGUUUGUGUCUGCAUUAGCUGUUUACUCUGGCAUUGCAAUUUUGUUUUCACUCCCCUUUUUUUUGGUAAAUCCAGAUGUGAGCUCCUUUGUAUUCUGAUAUUUUCUAUAUUAUUCUCCCACCUUUUUUGACUUACGUUGUGGCAAACAUUUUUUUUAUUACAUAAAACAUGCAUGCAACAUCGGCUGUCUGGUGUGGACCAACAAAACACUACUGAGGUUCCUCAGGGCUGCUGUGACUUUAAUUAGAAGCCAUGGUACCUGACCAGCACUGCCUUUAACUACUUCCUAAUCAGUAAAACCUGGUCAUUAAUUGCUGCUUAAUGAAUCAGUUCCUGCUCCCUGUAAGGGGGACAGAUUUAAUUACUAGUUUCCUCUCAUUCUUUUCAUUUUUAAUUACAAAGAAAACAGGAAAAAAUUAAAAGAAACUAGUUAUUAACUCCCUGCUUUCUAUAAAGAAGCUAAAUGAAGAGCAGUUCAUCAGUAAUGCCAUGAUGGCACUGAACAGGAAGCAAUUAAAGACAAAAGCUUCAAAUUAAAGUUACAGAAAUAGGUAUUUCAGGAUAUUUAUUAUUAUUAUUAUUAUUAUUAUUAUUAUUAUUAUUAUUAUUAUUAUCCCACCCUUCCUCCCAAAGGAACCCAGGGCGGCAAACAUAAACUCAUACAGUGAUAAUGCUAUUUGGAGUAGCCAUUUUAAUUCCUUUUCCAGCUGAUUCCCAAAAAGCAGUACCUUGCAGCACUAAAAUGUCUCUGUGUGGAAGCAACCAACAAUUUUUAACUGAUCAGAAACCCAUUGAAAAUUCUCUGUAGUACUUAGUAAGCUGAUACAGGCAAAUGGCUUGCUUGCAAUGUGUAUAAAUGUCAUUUGUUACAUACUCUGUGAAGGAGGAUGGGAGAAUCCUGAAAAACACAAUUUGGACAUUAGAAUGUAAUAGCUGAUAGCUAUACAAGCAGGAACAACCCAUUUCUUACUAUCAAACACAUUCAUAUGUGUAUAUAGUCCCGGAAAGGUCUAACUUUUGAUGUUCAAGAUGAUGUUUAAAAGAAUGUCAAUUAUGUCCCUCUGACAUUAAUGAACUUCUAUUAAUUAAGCCCCUGGGCUGCGUCUGCCUAUCAAAAAUUUCUUCCUGGAAGUCUUGUGUGGCUAUCACGUGACAACACACCCAGGGACCAGUCAGUCCAGCAGUAAAUGGGAUGGGAACUUAGUUGUCUGGCUAAGGCCUGUCAUCUGCUAUAACACUUUUUAGAAUACAAGGAAUUUGACAUCAGUGAAAAUGUUUAAAUCCCAAAUUUUGGCAGGUGGUUUGCGGAAAGCUUUUUCUCUGAUUGUAAGCAAAUAGUAUCUAGUUGUUUAAUGUUUAAACAAUGCACCAUGUGUAUAUGUAUAUGCGUAUGUGUAUGUAUACGCUAGGGGGAAUGUACCAUGAUAUCGUAUAUGAAUAGUGGAGGCACAGCUCUUACAAAUAAUUUAUGUGCUAAAGGGAAGUAUCUUGCAAAUUGUACACACACACUCUUACAAGACUUGGCUGUUGUGUUCAGGUCCUGCUUUGGACUUCCCAUAGGCAUCUGGUUGGCCACUGUGAGAACAGGAUGCUGGACUAGAUGGGCCAUUCACUUGACCCAGCAGGCUCUUCUUUUGUUCUUACUAAUCCUUUUUCAUAGUAAUUGGCUUCAGAGGCAGAAGUUAUAUAUAUAAAAGUCUUACAUUUAGCAUAUAUAAUGAACAAUGUUUCUAUUUGUUUUAAAACAUCUAGCUGUACCAAGGGAGAUAAAGAAGCUCUUUGAACUUUAAUUUCUUUAAUUUCUACGAUAACAUAACCAUACAUUAUCCAACAACCGAUGAUUCAAGGCAUUCUAGUUGUCCUUUUUUAAAGAAAAGAAAGAAAAAAACCAGCAGAUACUGUAGAAUGGUUUAGCUCCCCACCCCAAAACAACCAGCAUUACUGCCAAAACACUGAGCGUGGUCCGUAUUUGUACCGGGUUUUUAACAUGACAUAUACUUUGCAAAUUUGACUGAGGAGAUUUUUUUAGGUCUUGUACCUUUAAGGACUUUAGUAUGAUCUCUUUACAUGUUUCUAAUGCUUCAGGCUUUACUGCUUAGACUUGACAAGGAAAACAGUGUUGCUGCCAUUUGUAUGUUUUCGUACACGGUUCCUUUUACUGACUUUAAGCACUGGCUUUACUGCAUUCAAAUAGGCAGUAUCCCUUUCUAAAGUGACCUUUGCAACCCAAGUGUUACUUGCUGUUUUAAAGUUUUCAGUACCUUUGAAAGAACAUGGAGAUCUUUUUUAUAUGUGUAUUCCAUUCUACAUGGAAGAUUACAAAGCUUAGGCUCAGCUUAAAUGUUUCCCGAAGCCUCCUUUACAUAUGACUUACUUUGAAGGGGUGUGGGGCUGCAUCAUUGGCCCCACCUCAUAGCAUAGACCAGCUCCAUCCCUGGUGUCUACGAAUCUGCAGCAGGUAAGCCGCCAUGUGUAGAUUUCGGCUUCCAUGUGUUUUCCAACUCUGGUUGUGCAAAAAUCUACACACAUCAGCUUUCCCACUGCAGAUGUCCACACUCCAACACAUGGACGUUGGGGUAGGGCUAAUCGGCAUCACAGUCCCAGACCCCUUCAAUGUGUUCAGAUCUGUUGUGUUGUGAUGGUUGCUUCCCUAUGGUCAACCUCCAUAUCGUGUCGGUACUUCUCACAUCAGCAGCCUUCUUCCACUGGGGUUGCAAUACUGGUGUUUGGAAGUACCAAAAUAAUCCAGGCGACUCAUCUGAUCUGGAAUUUCAGAUAUUAUUAAUGAUGCAACAUGGAUGGUGGCAUUGGGGGAGGGGCAAACUUGUAGGAAAGGUAAUGUUGGAACAGCCUUCUUGACUUGAAUAAGUAUUCUUUUGGAACAGUGGAUUAGUGCUACUCAUCCUGCAUCCAACUAAACUAGUACAUCCAAAUUGUGAUUAAACUAUUGCCCAGAGUCCUCUAUUGUACUUGGGAGUAUCUCCACACAUACAUAAAAGAGGCCGUUUAAUCACAUUCUUAAUGCAAAGUUUACUGUGACUUCCAGAUCUGUAACACUGGCCAAGUUUCUGGGUUGCUAGUUUGUUUUUGUUUUUUUCAUACCACAAUGUUAAUAUUGUUAAUAUUAGCUGUAGACUAUUGUACAAAGAGGUUCAAAAAGUGUCCAGAGUUUCAGACGUUUGCUGCUACCUAUCACUUGUUAUCCGUCACUACAUCUGUUCCUUAGCAUUAAAGAUCACAUCUUGGAAAUUUUUUUUUGCUGAGGAUAAAGUUCAAAUCCUAACUGAAUUUGCAGUUCAGAUCUAACAAAGCUAUCCAAUUGUCUUAAGUUUUAUGGGAUGUCUCAAGUCAUGCUGGGAAGGGGGGAAUGUUCAGUAUACAGUCCAGCAAAAAAAGAAAAGAAUAAAAAUGCUGUUCAUUAGACAGACAGGACUUUUCUCCCUUUUCUUGACACUUUUGUGAAUUUGAGAGGCCUGAAAUAAGGAACAAAUGCAAAACAUUUUGUAUAAUACUGUUAUAAAAACAUUUAUAAUCCUGAAAAUUGUUGUGUUUAAUUAUUGUGGAAUAAACAGUAUAUUCAGAAUAAAAGUUUAUCAUUUGAAAUCAA